CGGAAGCAUGGAACUGAGCUGCAGCAAAGUACCUCUUUAUGGACAGACCAUGGUCCAUGCCACGUUUGACAAAAAUGUUUAUCUUCCCAAAGAUGCCGAAUUUUACUUUAUUUAUAACGGAGCCCAUCAGCGGCACAUUGCUAUCGCUGAGCGUGCUGAGGACAAUGUCCUGCAGUCCUGGAUUCCAGGCCAUGGAUGUCAAGAGACAGUGACGGUGUCUGUGUGCCUCUGCUCAGAAGGUUACUCUCCAGUAACCAUGGGCUCCAGCUCAGUGACUUAUGUAGACAACAUGGCUUGCAGGCUGGCCCGGUUGCUGGUCACUCAGGCUGAUCGCCUCACUACCGGGAGCCAUCAGAGUCUGCUGACACCAUUUGCUCUGCCAGCAGGAGCACUGCCUGCAUUGGACGAGGAGUUGGUGCUGGCUCUGGCUCAUCUGGAAUUGCCGCAAGGGUGGACUGUCUUGGGAAAUUCUUCACUUGAAGUUUCACUGUACAGAGAGUCUCUUCUCCACCUAGCAGUGAGAUGGGGUUUGGCUAAACUUUCCCAGUUCCUCUUGUGUCUGCCUGGGGGGGUGCAGGCCUUGGAUUUACCCAAUGAAGAGGGUGCCACACCAUUAGACCUAGCUGUCCAUGGUGGACACUCUAAGCUGGUUGAAGACAUCACAAACUUCCAGGGCCCAUGCUCUCCUGGCUUCUCCCGGGUACAGCUCCGAGAAGAUGUCUUCCUUCAGUACAUCCACGCGUCAGAGACACUCACCCUCACGCUGAACCACACGGCUGAGCAUCUGCUAGAGGCAGACAUUAAACUCUUCAGGAAAUACUUCUGGGAUAGAGCCUUUCUCAUCAAGGCUCUUGGAGAACAAGAAGUCAGGCCCAAGACACAGCCAGCUAUGCCUUCCAGUGCUGCAGAAACUGAAGAAGAAGAAGUUAAGAAUCUGGAAUCCAGCAGAUCUCCCCUGGAAAAGGAGGAUGUAAAGUGUACGAAAAACCUGGUAGCUCAACUGACUGAACACGAAGAUCAAAACAGACUAGAUCUGGAUCGUUCCUUUGAGGUCUUCAAAAAAUCCAAGCACCCCCCAUCAUUUCAUGCUUCCGACCAGAUUUCUGACAUGCUGAACGGAGGUGAUGAAAUCUAUGCCAACUGUAUGGUUAUAGAUCAGGUUGGUGAUUUGGAUAUUAAUUAUAUUAAUUUAGAGGGACUCACUAGCAGCCCCUGCCCUGAAUCCAUGGGCUCUACUCUGGGGCCUCAGAGCUACAAGCACAUCCUGCCUGCUGAGAGCGGCACUGGCAUACACUCCAUCCUUGGGGACCCUGAUGUGACUUCUAAUACUGGAACCCAGCCAUCCUUCCCCUCGUCAUCCAGCUCAUGUGCCUCCAACUCGAAUCUUUCUUUUGGUCUUCGUGGGUUUGAGAAAGAACAAAGUCAGCUUAAGCAAAGAAGUUCUAGCCUAGAUGCCCUGGAUGCCGACAGUGAAGGAGAAGGACACUCAGAACUGACACACACUUGCUACACUCCUAUGUCCCAGAGCUCAUCCAGAAUGGGAAUUCCUAGUGGGGAUGAAUUGGACUCUUUUGAGACCACCCCUGAAUCCGAUUUUAGUAUCUCCAGGACUGAAUCACUGUCUUUGUCAAGCACCCUCCAGUCCAAGGAAUCAUUGCUUUCUGGAAUUCGUUCACGUUCUUAUUCCUGUUCGUCACCUAAAAUCUCUCAAGGCAAAUCUCGGUUGGUGCGUGAUUUCACAGUGUGUAACUCAAGUGAAGAGCAAAGAGCUUACAGCUUACCAGAGCCACCAGGAGAAAAAAGAAUUCAGGAAGAAGAAUGGGAUAAGUAUAUCAUACCUGCCAAAUCAGAAUCUGAAAAAUACAAAGUGAGCAGAACUUUCAGCUUCCUUAUGAAUAGAAUGACCAGUCCUCGAAAUAAAUCUAAGACAAAAAGCAAAGAUGCCAAAGACAAAGAAAAACUGAGUCGACAUCAGUUUGUUCCGGGAACAUUCUCUGGAGUUCUCCAGUGUUUGGUUUGUGAUAAGACACUCCUGGGAAAAGAGUCCCUUCAGUGUUCUCACUGUAACACAAAUGUCCAUAAGGCUUGUAAAGAUGCUGCACCCCCGUGUACCAAGAAAUCCCAAGAGAAAUAUAACAAGAACAAACCACAGACCAUCCUUGGAAAUUCUUCGUUUAGAGAAGUCCCCCAGCCAGGGCUCUCUCUGCACCCAUCUUCCUCCAUGCCCAUUGGAUUGCCAGCCGGGAGGAAGGAGUCUACAGGGCAGGCCCAUUCUCUGGCCAGGAGCAUUCCAGGAUCCACCUUGGAAAGCUUCAGGAAGUCAGGGACAUCUGUGGAAUCAGAGAGUGACGGGAACAGCUGGAGAAGCAGAUCUCAUUCCGAUGAGGUGUUUCAGCCCAUGGGCUCUUCUCCUUCCACAGAGUCCUUCUUAAUGGAAGAUGUUGUGGAUUCUUCUCUUUGGAGUGACCUCAGUAGUGAUGCCCAGGAGUUUGAAGCUGAAUCGUGGAGUCUUGUGGUGGACCCCUCAUUUUGUAGUAGGCAGGAAAAGGACGUCAUCAAAAGACAGGAUGUCAUUUUUGAGCUAAUGCAAACAGAAAUGCAUCAUAUACAGACCCUGUUCAUCAUGUCUGAGAUCUUCAGGAAAGGAAUGAAAGAAGAGCUGCAGCUUGACCACAGCACUGUGGAUAAAAUCUUCCCCUGUUUAGAUGAGUUACUUGAAAUCCAUAAACAUUUCUUCUAUAGUAUGAAGGAGCGAAGACAGGAAUCCUGUGUUGACAGCGACAGGAAUUUUGUCAUCGAUCGAAUUGGAGAUAUUCUAGUACAACAGUUUUCAGAAGAAAAUGCAAAUAAAAUGAAGAAAAUAUAUGGAGAAUUUUGUAGUCACCACAAAGAAGCCGUUAGCCUCUUUAAAGAACUUCAGCAGAAUAAAAAGUUUCAGAAUUUUAUUAAGCUCCGGAACAGUAAUCUUCUGGCUCGUCGCAGAGGAAUUCCUGAAUGCAUUCUCUUGGUCACUCAGCGCAUCACAAAAUACCCUGUUUUGGUAGAAAGAAUACUGCAGUACACAAAGGAAAGAACCGAAGAGCACAGAGACUUGUGCAAUGCACUUUCCUUAAUUAAGGACAUGAUCGCAGCAGUGGACUUGAAAGUCAAUGAGUAUGAGAAGCAUCAAAAAUGGCUUGAGAUUCUCAGUAAGAUUGAGAACAAAACCUACACGAAACUCAAAAAUGGUCACGUGUUCAGGAAGCAGACAUUGCUGAGCAAAGAAAGAACGCUGCUGUUCAAUGGCCUCGUUUACUGGAAAACAGCCACUGGUCGUUUCAAAGAUAUCCUAGCUCUACUUCUAACUGAUGUGCUGCUCUUUCUACAAGAAAAAGACCAGAAAUAUAUAUUUGCAGCUGUUGAUCAGAAGCCAUCUGUCAUUUCCCUCCAGAAGCUCAUUGCUAGGGAAGUUGCAAAUGAGGAGAGAGGAAUGUUUCUCAUUAGUGCUUCAUCUGCCGGCCCUGAGAUGUAUGAAAUUCACACCAAUUCCAAGGAGGAACGGAACAACUGGAUGAGACGGAUCCAGCAGGCAGUUGAAAGUUGCCCAGAAGAAGAAGGGGGAAGGACGAGUGAAUCUGAUGAAGAGAAGCGGAAAGCUGAAGCAAGAGUGGCCAAAAUCCAGCAAUGUCAAGAAAUCCUCAGCAACCAAGACCAGCAAAUUUGCACCUACUUGGAGGAGAAGUUGCAUAUCUACGCAGAACUGGGAGAACUGAGUGGAUUUCAGGAGGUGCAUCUGGAGCCCCACCUCCUCAUUAGACCUGACCCAGGAGAGCCUCCUCAGGCUGCCUCCUUACUAGCAGCAGCAUUGAAGGAAGCCCAGAGCCUGCACGUGGCAGUGAAGGCCACUCAGCUAGGAGAUCCCAGUCCAGCACCUGAGGGAGGCUGUGGAGACUCAGUCCUGACAGAUCUGUUUGAUACUCAUGAUGGCCCUGGAUCGCCCCCGGCUUCACUAGUCACAGAAGGGGCAGAAGGAAGAGGCUGUUGGGAUGUGGAUCCCGGGACCCAGGGUGUGGGAACCGACUUGGCGGUCUCUGAUGCAGGGGAGAAGGUGGAAAAUAGAGGUUUUCCAGUUUCUUCACAGUCAGAGAUUAUACAAGCGAUACAGAAUUUAACCCGGCUCUUAUAUAGCCUUCAGGCCGCCUUGACCAUCCAGGACAGUCACAUAGAGAUCCACAAGCUGGUACUCCAGCAGCAGGAGAGCCUGUGUCCCGGACCCCCUCUCCGAGCCCCCUUCCCUGACCUGGAGAAGCGGCGGGAAGAGUUGGGCGACAUCCACAAGCUCCAGCUCCAAUUCCAGCAGGACCAGCGACGCUGGCACCGCCGGUGUGACCAGCAACAGCGGGCACAGGAGGCCAAGGCCACUUGGCUGCAGGAGCGCGAGCGGGAAUGCCAGUCACAGGAGGAGCUGCUGCUGCGGAGCCGUGGCGAGUUGGACCAGCAGCUGCAGGAGUACCAACAGAACUUGGAGAGGCUGAGGGAGGGCCAACGCCUGGUGGAGAAGGAGCGAGAAUGGAUGCGGGCCCAGCAGAGCCUGCUGGGCCGGUGGAGACACAGCCGGCAGAGUAGCCUUCCUGCAGCCUUCUCUCCAGGAAGCCAGGAGGGAAUGGAACUCAAUCGAUCUGAGAGUUUCUGUCACGAAAAUAUAUUCAUCAAUGAUGCGCUAGUAAAAACAUCACUUAACACUUUCAACAGACCAAUUCUGUCAGGUGUCCAUCAGGAGGUCACUCUCCUGCCACAGAGACCUAAUUCUGAUUUGGUCAGGACUAGUGAAAAUUCAGCAGACCACCUCAAGACGGACCUUUGUCAGCCCUCCGAGGUCAACCCUGAACUGUGGCCAGCUGCUGAGUCCCAUCAGCUGUCACCUCCUUCCCACCCAAGCAGCCAGGAUCCUUGUAAAAAUGAUACUGAAACUGCUCCAUCAGACCUUCCAUAUCACCACCUCUCCAAUGCAUACCAACCUCCACUGCAGACACUUAUAAUGGAAGCAAAGCUCGACCUACACACAAGGAGCAGGCAGGAUGGAGAAGCUGGAGACGGCGCCGAAGAAAAUAUUGUUUACCUCUAAUGGUGAUAUUUUUCCAAGCAAAACCAAACACUGGCACUUUGGAAGAACAUUAUUUUUCCUUUUCCUGAUGUAUGUGUGACUGUGUCCAAAUUGCCUGAAGAGUGAUAUUUAAUAUUUCAAGCUAGUUCAUUUUCUUUCUUUGGCAUGAGUCUAAUAAUUAAAUUAUUGAAAGCAAGCUCUGUUUGUCCAAUCAUUACCUUAUCACACCUAAUUUCAAAUUUCUGGAAGAGAAAUUAACUUGAAUGAGCAGAAGUGUCCAAAAGAUUUUAUGACUCUAAAGUAAAAUUCCAUAUUGCCUUUUUGACUGGAUCAUCUGGUUUUGCAAAUCCCUUUUAAAAGCUAGAUGAAGCAAUUUGGAUGGAAAGAGUGAUGAUGACAGAUACUCACAGUCCAAGCAGUUGAUGGUGAAUAAAGCCCCCCAAAAAGAGGUAUAUCUGGGAGAAGAACACUUCUUGACUGAUUUCUUUUUGGAGCAUCAAAGGGAUUGCUUUUUAUGGCGGACAGUUGGCCUGCAGCAACACCUCCUGUCUGGAUACUUGUUUACAGCAGGUGCCCCUUUUGCUAGCAGCCUGCAAUCAGGGACCCAGGACAAGUACUUUUUGCAGAUGAAACCUGCUCUUCCUCAAUUGGUGAGCCACAGUUUGGCAGUGCAUUCCCUCAGUCCUAAGAUCCAGGCCAGCAAGUUCAUUUUUGAUGUAAAUAAUGCAACUCCAGAAGUGCUCUCUUCUUUGCUGCCCUGUGUUUGCAUGUGUCUGGGAGCACUGGCUGGAAGAAAAUCUGCCCCAUAUUUCUUUAAAGGCAAAACUUCUCUCCCCAGGAAGUUUGCUGCCUUGCCUGCUGUGCUUUUUCAUAGGGGAACACACACACACUUGCCUUCCCAGGAAGACCCAGUUCAGUGUGUGGACAGAAACUAGCAAGUUUGCAGCUUGCUCUUUAGAAAUAUGAAUAUAUGUUUGGUCCUGUCAAUAAAUUUCUUUUAUCUCUCUA